GGAGCAUGUCAACAGAACCAACCAGCCUUAAACCCGACGGGCACUAGGACCUAAAACGUGUCUGUGGGUUCCAGUGGAAGUUAAGGAGGAAGACAGCCUGGGAGAAUGUCCACGGUCCCAGCUCUUCUAUAGACAAGUAUUGAAAGAAGUUGUGCGUUUUCCCGGGCGGGAAUAUCUGCUUAACAGCAUGGCAAUGGAAUGUAUCAAGAACUGCUGCAAGACCUUCCUAGGCAAGGACGCUGAGAUCGAACAACAAGUGAUUACAAUGAAGAUGCCCCCAGCCAGAGCUAUCUCAGGUGUCCCCAGGAAGGGUGUAGGGGUAUCAGAGGACUAUCUCCUCUCUAAACUCCCUCAGGAUGGAAAAGAGAUCCCAUUUGUCCUCCCCACGUUCAAACCUUCCUACAUCCAACCACGAGGAUCACGUUACCUCAGCUACCAGACACCAGGGCUACACAGUUCAGCCAGGAGCACCUAUGCAGAGAGGAAGGCGGAGCUGUCAGGGGCCAGUAACAUAGUCUAUAACCCUGACUCCUCCACCAACAUGUCUCCCGGAACAACACGACACAGCAAUCUGAAAAAGAGUCCCCGGGGCUCAGAAUCAGGUGGGAAUAUGAAGACUGGGAAUCUGAGCAAAUCCAUGUUUGACUUGUCCAACUCCAACCCUCCCAGCCACAUGCAGCGUUACGACAGUGUGUCCAGUGUCCAGAGCAGCAGUGCAUCGUCCUCCCAGAGGGACUCCCUGGAGAACAGCCGUAGCCUUGAGUCCAUCACGUUGUCUGGAGAUGAGAGGGACUUGGGGAAGUUGUGUGUCCGGCUGAGUUACCAGGAGGCCCUGGAGCAGGUGUGGAUCACGUUGGUACAGUGUAAGGAUGUAUCCCUCGCUCAGAACAGCAGUGAGCAGCAGAAGAUUAGCUUUAAAGGCAUCAUCACUAUGAGCAAACCAGUACAGUUCAAGAGCUCUGUCAAGGAAGGUUCUCCGGACACAGUCUUCAUGGAGACCUUUGUGUUUACGUUGCGGCUGCAGCAGCUGCGUUGCUGUGCUCUGGUAUUCCGGCUGCAGACCCACCACCCCAGGAAGAGGACGGUGGCAGAGUGUGUCCUCUCCCUCAGACAGCUGGGCCCUGAGGAGACACAGCACUGGAUGGAGCUCAUCCCCCCUUCCAUGACCACUGUGUGUCACGCUGAGCUGCACCUGGCCACCUGUUUCCAGCCUGUUAACGGACGCAUCCAGCUGCAGAUCCUCGCUGCCCAGAACCUCCCUGUACCACUCAGGCAAGCGUUCUUUGUGAAGAUAGAGAUGCAGCAGUUGGGCAGGGUGGUGAUGAAGAAGAAGACUCACACCCUGAAGUCCUCCGGAGGUCAGCUGACCUGGACUGAGUCUUUCUACUUCCCCUUAGCUCUGGACCAGAGCUUCCUGCUGUCAGUCAAACUCUACAGCCGCCGCUCUGUCAGACGAAAACACUUCCUCGGACAGGUUCACCUUGGCUUCGACAGCCCGACGCAGGAAGCAGCAGAGCAGUGGAGGGACAGCAUGUCUCACCCCGAGAAGGUGGUGGCUGUAUGGCACAGACUCAGCGUGUCCUGAAACGCCUGUAGAAAUUCACACAGCCUGUAGAAAUUCACACAGCCUGUAGAAAUUCACACAGCCUGUAGAAAUUCACACAGCCUACAUUCAAAAUGGCACCCUAUUUCGGGGGUUCUCAAAGUGGGGUCCAAGGAGUCCGUGGCCACAUCUCAAAAUAUAUAUUUAAAAAAAAAAAAAACAUUUCUUAUGAAUAUUACUAACAACAACAGGUUAAACACAAAUUUUCGCAUAUGGAUCUAUGGAAUAAGUUUAUGGUGUGUAAUACAAUGUUAUAUUAUUAACCUACAAUUUAUGUUCUUAAAGGCCUAGUGCAGUCAAAAAUGUGAUUUCCCUAUGUUUUAAAUAUGAGGUUGGAAUAAUACUGUGAAAUUGUGAAAAUUAUGAUAAUGCCCUUUUAGUGUAAGAGCCGUUUGAAAAGACCUGAAAUUUCAUCCUGUUUUGGUGGGAUGGAGUUUUGGUCUGCCUGGAGACAUCACCAGGCGGUAAAUUAAUUAAUCAAAUCAAAUUUGCGCCGAAAACAACAAGUGUAGACCUUACCGUGAAAUGCUUACUUACAAGCCCUUAACCAACAGUGCAAUUCAAGAAAGAGUUAAGAAAAUAUUUAACAAGUAAACUAAAGUAAAAAUCAUUAAAAAGUAACACAA